AUGGCGGCAACUGCUUCAGCUGUGGAUGACCUUUUCUGGGGCGCAGCUGCCAAUUUGCGCGCAAAUCUGCCACCUUCGGGUGACUCUUUCCUAAACCCCGAUGCGCCGGUGGGACAUAUUAAUUUGGGCCUGCUCCAGUUACCGGGAGAGCAGAGCGAUGCCAAAGCAGCGUUCGAGAGAGAGCUAUUGGCGCUGAUCUGCCAUGUUAGACUUCUCCAAGACGGCGCAGUCCAGGAUCAUGCGUCGCCUCCAGUCCCUGGUAUUGCAGCUCCCAAUCACGGUUUACUCUCCCCCCGACCGUCACGGGAGCUCGAAUAUCGCCCAGUGUCAAAACGCAAACUAGACUGGUGGGUAUAUCGAAUCCUAGCUACGAGCGGAUGGAAUGCUAAAAUGUUGGAUAGUUUACUUAAACAUGACGAUGAAAAGGACAUCGAUGGUGAUUCAGAUGUGGUAUUUAUGACAGACACCGAUACGGUAUACCUUGAAAACGCCCUUGAAAACCAGGAUGAGGAGAUUCGUCUGCCCCGGACCCUUGCUGCGAAUAUCUUGGCGAAGCUGGUUCACCACCGUUCCACAUCUGAGCUGCACUGCAUGGAGGAGGAACUGCGUAAGGCACAGGAGAUGAACAAAGCAUUCCAAAAGGCACUGCAAGAGAUAGGAAAGAUUAUCACUGAGGUGGCGAAUGGCAAUCUGUCGACCAAGGUUCCCGUGCAUCCCCUUGAGAUGAACUCCGAUAUCAUCACCUUCAAAAUUACGAUGAAUACAAUGCUCGAUCAACUGAGAGUGUUUGGAAGCGAGGUGUCACGUGUGGCUUGGGAGGUGGGAACUGAGGGAAUCCUUGGAGGCCAAGCUCAGAUCGGUGGAAUGCAUGGCAUCUGGAAGGAGCUUACCGACAACGUGAAUGUCAUGGCAUCCAAUCUGACUGAGCAAGUCCGUGAAAUCGCUGCUGCUACCACGGCGGUGGCACAUGGAGAUCUCCAGCAGAAGAUUGAACGACCUGCAAAAGGAGAGAUAUUCCAACUCCAACAGACAAUAAACACGAUGGUAAACCAGCUUCGUACAUUUGCCACUGAAGUGAAUCGUGUUGCUCGUGAUGUCGGAAUUAAGGGUGUGCUUGGUGGGCAGGCACAGAUCUAUGGCACACAGGGGACAUGGAACGAGCUAACUGUCAACGUGAAUGCAAUGGCCAACAACCUGACAACACAGGUACGAGAUAUCGCCACCGUGACAACAGCAGUGGCCAAAGGAGACUUGACACAGAAGGUCCAAGCAGACUGUCAAGGAGAGAUUCUGGUAUUAAAGAAUAUCAUCAACUCUAUGGUGGAUCAACUUCGACAGUUUGCUCAGGAGGUGACAAAGAUUGCAAAAGAAGUCGGCACUGAUGGAGUUCUGGGAGGGCAAGCGACUGUACAUGAUGUUGAAGGUGUCUGGAGAGAUCUCACAGAAAGCGUGAACGGAAUGGCAAUGAACCUGACCAUUCAAGUACGGGAAAUUGCAGAUGUGACCACAGCCGUAUCAAAAGGCGACCUGACCAAGAAAAUCACUGCUGACGUGAACGGCGAAAUAUCAGAUCUGAAGGAAACUAUCAACAGCAUGGUUUGUCGCUUGAAUCAGUUUGCCGUCGAGGUGUGCAAAGUAGCGCGAGAAGUGGGAAUUGACGGAAAGCUAGGAGGGCAAGCAGUCGUUGCCAACAUCGAAGGAGAGUGGAAGGUCUUGACAGAUAAUGUUAACAUGAUGGCCGACAAUUUGACCUCCCAAGUCCGAGCCUUUGGCGAGAUCACCAACGCAGCGACUGAUGGAGACUUUAGCAAACUCAUCACUAUUAGCGCAUCGGGCGAAAUGGACGAGUUAAAACAGAAGAUCAACAAGAUGAUAUCAAACCUACGAGACAGUAUUCAACGGAAUACUGCGGCACGAGAAGCUGCUGAACUGGCAAACCAAAGCAAAUCGGAGUUCUUGGCUAAUAUGAGCCAUGAGAUUCGAACCCCGAUGAAUGGUAUCAUUGGCAUGACCCAGCUGGCCCUAGAUACUGACUUGGAGCCGUAUACGCGGGAGAUGCUGAAUGUGGUGCAUAACCUGGGCAACAGUCUGUUGGUGAUCAUCGAUGACAUCCUAGACAUUUCCAAGAUUGAAGCCAACCACAUGAACGUCGAGGCAGUCCCAUUCAGCUUGGGACAGACUGUUUUCAAGGCGCUCAAAACACUCGCUGUGGAAGCAAACGAAAAAGGCCUCAGCCUGACAUAUCAUAUCAACAACUCUGUACCUGACUAUGUGGUUGGGGAUUCAUUUCGUCUGCGUCAAGUCAUCAUCAACCUGAUCGGAAACGCGAUAAAAUUCACUGAGAGUGGUGGAAUUCAGCUGUCUAUCACUGUGGCCAAAAGCAAGGUUCAGUCAGUAGAAGAUAUCAUGCUGGAGUUUUCUGUCUCGGAUACAGGGAUUGGAAUUGACAAGAGCAAGCUCAGCUUGAUCUUUGACAAGUUCCAGCAGGCCGAUGGAUCUAUGACUCGACGCUUCGGGGGCACGGGCCUCGGGCUGUCAAUCUCCAAGCGGCUAGCCAACCUCAUGGGGGGCGAUAUCUGCCUGACAUCCGCAACGGGAUUAGGGAGCACCUUCCACUUCACUUGCGUUGUAGGAUUGACCCAUCCGUCAUUAAGUGACACCGUCAAACCUCUAUCACCAUACAAAGGGCGUCGGGUUCUUAUCAUCGAUGAUAGGGAUGGAUAUCCCAAAGGCUAUCUUGACAACAUCCGACAGAUGCUGCUGACGGUCAAUCUCGAGGCAGAUGUUAUACAUUUGGUCGAUAAUGUUCUUAAGCCAGCGAUUUCAGAACACCUCGAGGAUAUUAUCAUCGUGCCAACCGUUGAAUGUGCCAACACGCUUAGAUCAUCUGACAAGUUCAAGGCUGUCCCUGUGGUGCUCCUUUGCGACGAGAUAUCUGUGAGCAUGAAGUCCGCGUUGGAUUUGAGCAUCACCUCAUACGUUACGACUCCCUGCCGCACGAUCGACCUGGUGAAUGGUAUACUUCCUUCACUGGAGAGCCGACCGUCUACCAUUGGCUCCAAGCAGUUUCGUCCAUUGUUCAUUCUUUUGGCCGAGGAUAAUGAAGUGAAUCAGAUGGUAGCAAUGCGCGUGAUAAAAAAGUACCACCACCACAUCACUGUGGUUGGGAACGGCCAGGAAGCGCUGGACGAAUUCUGUCGUGGCCAGUACGAUGUGGUCUUGAUGGACGUGCAGAUGCCUGUCAUGGGUGGAUUCGAAGCAACAACCAAGAUUCGGCAGUACGAGAAAUUCCACCACCUCCCUCGAACGCAGAUCAUCGCGCUUACAGCACAUGCCAUGUUUGGGGACCGAGAACGAUGCAUCGCUGCUGGCAUGGAUGACUACCUGGCAAAGCCUCUCAAUCAGAUGCACAUGAUGGAGAUGAUUCACAAACGGGCUGCUCUGCGUGAUGCAAUACUUCCAGCAGACUCACCACCACUCUAA